AUGCUUCAACUGCUUGCAGUUGAGCUCGCUUUUGUGACUUAUUUUCAAAUUUCACAUUGUGACAUAACCCAUGAUAACAUCGGUAUGUCAUCAUCCACCGCAAAAGCGGUACGGGAAUGCUCAAUGCGCGGUGUAUGCGGACACCGUGGCGCUAUGCAUCAAACAUGUCCCUACCACGGACCACCUUUACGAAUAUCUGUCGAAAAACAUCGGCAAACGUUGGCAUCGCUUUGCCCUCACCUGUUUCAAGGUUUGAUUUUAUAUGAUUAG